CAAUAGACCAGGGAAAAAGACAGAACAUUCUUCACAAUCGAAAAGAAAAAGAAGACUCGUUCGGGAUGUUUGACGGCUAUGAUAGCUGCAGUGAGGACACAAGUAGCAGCUCCAGCUCCGAAGAGAGUGAAGAAGAAGUUGCUCCUUUACCUUCCAAUCUCCCAAUUAUCAAAAAUAAUGGACAAGUCUACACAUACCCAGAUGGUAAAUCUGGCAUGGCUACCUGUGAGAUGUGUGGGAUGGUCGGUGUACGAGACGCUUUUUACUCUAAAACAAAACGUUUCUGCAGUGUUUCUUGUUCAAGAAGUUACUCGUCGAACUCUAAGAAGGCAAGCAUUCUGGCCAGACUUCAGGGUAAGCCUCCAACAAAGAAAGCAAAAGUCCUUCAGAAACAACCUUUAGUUGCUAAAUUAGCUGCCUAUGCUCAGUAUCAAGCUACCUUGCAAAAUCAAGCAAAGACAAAAGCAGCAGUCUCCGUGGAAGGCUUCAGCUGGGGUAACUACAUCAACAGCAAUAGCUUCAUAGCCGCUCCAGUUGCUUGUUUUAAGCAUGCACCUAUGGGGACCUGCUGGGGUGAUAUCUCAGAAAAUGUAAGAAUAGAAGUUCCCAAUACAGACUGCAGUCUACCUACCAAAGUCUUCUGGAUUGCUGGAAUUAUAAAAUUAGCAGGUUAUAAUGCCCUUUUGAGAUAUGAAGGAUUUGAAAAUGAUUCUUCUCUGGACUUCUGGUGCAAUAUAUGUGGGUCUGAUAUUCAUCCAGUUGGUUGGUGUGCAGCCAGUGGAAAACCUCUCGUUCCUCCUAGAACUGUUCAGCACAAAUACACAAACUGGAAAGCUUUUCUAGUAAAGAGACUCACUGGUGCCAAAACGCUUCCUCCUGAUUUCUCACAAAAGGUUUCAGAGAGUAUGCAGUACCCUUUCAAGCCUUGCAUGAGAGUAGAAGUAGUCGACAAGAGACAUUUAUGUCGAACAAGAGUAGCAGUGGUGGAAAGUGUAAUUGGAGGAAGAUUAAGGUUAGUGUAUGAAGAGAGUGAAGAUAGAACGGAUGACUUCUGGUGCCACAUGCACAGCCCCUUAAUCCACCAUAUCGGAUGGUCUCGAAGCAUAGGCCAUCGAUUCAAAAGAUCUGAUAUUACAAAGAAACAGGAUGGACAUUUUGAUACACCACCACAUUUAUUUGCUAAGGUAAAAGAAGUAGACCAGAGUGGAGAAUGGUUCAAAGAAGGAAUGAAAUUGGAAGCUAUAGACCCAUUAAAUCUUUCGACAAUAUGUGUUGCAACCAUUAGAAAGGUGCUGGCUGAUGGGUUCCUGAUGAUUGGGAUCGAUGGCUCAGAAGCAGCAGACGGAUCUGACUGGUUCUGUUAUCAUGCAACCUCUCCUUCUAUUUUCCCUGUGGGUUUCUGUGAAAUUAAUAUGAUAGAACUGACUCCACCCAGAGGUUACACAAAACUUCCUUUUAAAUGGUUUGACUACCUCAGGGAAACCGGCUCCAUUGCAGCACCAGUAAAACUAUUUAAUAAGGAUGUUCCAAAUCACGGAUUUCGUGUAGGAAUGAAAUUAGAAGCUGUAGAUCUCAUGGAGCCACGUUUAAUAUGUGUAGCUACAGUUACUCGAAUUAUUCACCGUCUCUUGAGGAUACAUUUUGAUGGAUGGGAAGAAGAGUAUGAUCAGUGGGUAGACUGUGAGUCCCCUGACCUCUAUCCUGUAGGGUGGUGUCAAUUAACUGGAUAUCAACUACAGCCUCCAGCAUCACAGUCAUCAAGAGAAAGCCAGUCAGCCUCUUCAAAACAGAAGAAAAAGGCUAAGUCCCAGCAAUACAAAGGACAUAAAAAAAUGACCACAUCACAGCUGAAGGAGGAGCUGCUAGAUGGAGAGGAUUAUAGCUUCCUCCAAGGAGCAUCUGACCAAGAAAGCAAUGGUUCUGCCACCUUCUACAUCAAACAAGAGCCAUGAGGUGGCUCAGAAACGAGGAGUGGGAGGGACUGUCUUACAGGACAGAUUUGUCGUCAUUCAGCUGUACAGCAGGCUCUUCUACUGGGACAUUUUGCUAAAUACAGAAAAGUUCAGUUCCAGAUUUUUCAGGUGGGGGGGAAACUAUUUUGGUGGGGAGGGAAUUUUUCAAUUUAUAAAGAUGGACGAUUUUUGUGUUGUAUUUGAAGCUUUUGAAAGAAUUUUGUAAUAUUUUCCAAGUUUGGAUUUAUGUGCAUUGUUAACAAGAACUGAAAUUCUAACUUUUUUGGUAAGAUUAAAGUUUAGGUAACAGUAUUGAAGGAAAUGAUUAAGAAGGAUAUAGUUGUAAAUGCGAAUGAACUGUCAUUACAAAUGAACCUUCUUGGUACCUGUUGGGAGAUUUUUGAAUUUUAGAGUUAGGCCAGUCACAUCUCCAGCUUCCUUUGCUGCAGAAAUAUGCAACUGAACCCCUCACAGAGGGCUCAUCACCAUGUAGAUCACGGAAGGGGUCAUUAACUGUGCUCGCUGACAUUUUAUUGCAGCCCAUUUAAAUGUUUGUACAGAAAUUUUUUCAUUAUGCUAAAAUUUAUUUGGAGUCGUAUUUGAAACUAGAACUCUGGAUACUUUUAUAUGCUCUCCUUCAAGUAAAAAUGAUAAAGUUUUCUAACACUAGAGUGUUAAACUGGAAUGGUUGACAGAUACCAGGAUCUCAGUAUACAUAAGAGGUCAGGGAAAAUAAAUAUUUUCCCAAGUUUAUUCUGUUUUCCUUGCUAAAGGAUAAAGAACUUCCCAUGAAAGGGAUAUUCUUAUCAAACCUCUGCCAUUUCCCUCCAUCUGAGAGAGAGCAACUUGAUGUAACCACCCCUGAAAACAGACGUUCUGUAUUACCAAUAGAAUCAGAUAAAAAAAAAAAAAUGUUUAGAUUUCAGAUCAUUCCAGCUCCACUUUUAACUGUCCUGGAUUUGUUAGAAACUUAAUGAAAAAAAAAAACUUAAUUUUCUUCAAAUUCCACACACAUACUGACAUACCUUUAAUUGUAGGCAGAAUUUAUUUUAACAAUAACUGAUUUGGACCAUUUUAAACAUUCCCUAUUUUAAAAUUCAUAUGACUUCCUUUAAAAGAUAGGAUAAAAGGGUAAAUUGGUGAAAGGUUUGCUCUCUGCAUUUUUCUACCCUUCUACCGAGUUGUGACUGAAUGAGCGCUCUAGAGUUUACCAGUGAGGUUCAUAAACUAAACUCUCAGGAAUUCAUUGCAUCUGUUCUAGAAGUGCUUCUGGGUCUGAGCCUGGCCUCUUCAGAGUGGUAAUACUGCCCAUCUCCUCUGGAAAAUAGGCAGGGCUAAUGAGAAAUUAAUCAAAAUGAUUAACUUCUGCAGCCCCAUAGCCUAUGGAAUGCUUUAAAAAACGCUAAUGGAAAACCCCAGGAGACAUUUUAGGUAAGAUUUUUGUUUGACUUUUAAAUGCAUAGAACGUUAAAAACCAGCAAUUUAUUUUCUAAAAUAUUGCUCUACUUUUGGGAAUAAUAGCAUUGGUAAUAUGCACAGGUUUACCUCAUUCUAUGCAAGAGGGGUUAAUAACGUAAGGUUUUGUAGUAGCUACUGGAAGUAAAAUGUGUUACUUUAUAGUGUAAAAAUGUAUGGAAUCGCAUGUCACCAUUUCUUAAUACUGACUCUGGGGGCUAAAUGCAGAUCACAUCAAUGCAAAUUGAAUCUCGUGUCAAAUAUAUGUGAAUUCAGCUGUAAAAUUACUGGAUAUUUAUCUUAAACAACAUUGCUGAGGGGGACCUACUGUAAAUGUGACAUCCUCGCACUUCCCAAAUCUUUGAAGGAUCUUCCUAGGAACUUAAAGCCUAGAAGAGGUCCAAAGCAAAUGUUACAGUCUUUAUUCUCAGGCUCAGUGGAUUAAAUCCAGGACUGUGCUUCCAUGGUACCAGCACAAGAAGCCUGUUGUAUGGGGUGCACUCCUCAUAGCUUAGGUGUAGGAGUUCUCCAAGGAACGAAUUGUAAGCCAGGAAAGAUGUGAUUUCAUGCCAGCCAGUCCUGGUAAUUAGUUCUGUGAAAUGCUUAUUUGUAGCCAGGUUCUACAAGCUUCCAAUUCUACACCAAAACCAGGCUUGGCGUGUUUAGAAUUCCCCACCUACAUUCAUUAAGUGUUUAUGUUCACCAAGAGUGAGGGGUUGUUCGGACUUAUUAGAUAGAGUCUAAACACAACCCAGAGCCCUCUUCUUUGUUAAGACCCUCACUCCUGCUGCUAACAAAGAAAGUUAACCAGAGGAGACUUUCAUUGUAGCCAUAAUUACUGUACCCCUAUUCUCUUUCAAAGUUUAAAAUGUACUGCUGACCUUGGGUUUGUUUUUGUUUUCCUGUUAGGAGCCUGGGAACUUUUAGUACUUUAAACUUUUUAACCUUUUCCUUGCUGUGUAUGAGGAAAGCUAAAGCUGUUAUCAACUUUUUAUUCUGCGGAUACUAACACGGGUUUUCAGUGUUUGUUUGUUUUUAUUAUUAUUAAUUUUGUGUGAUGUGAAUACCCUCACCCAUCAAUAUUUGUAUUAUGGUGCUAUAUAUUUGGUAAUGAUCCUUUAAUAUUGGGGAGGGAUUUUAAAAAUACUGUGAUUAAACUGGGUAUCUUCCUUUGAUUUUCAUAUUUUAAAUAAAGCCACAGUCAUUUAUACAAAAUAAAAUAAAAUAAAAUAAAAAUGCAUCUGUCCCUGGGCAACUUUUCAAGGACAGAGGCCAAAGUAAAGUACAUAAGGUUUUUACAUCAUUUCUGUGUGCGUUUGAUAUAUAGAUCAAUAUCUGGACAAAUUUAAUCUUUUAUUUUCUGGUAACUUGUGAUCAUUGAGGAAGUGUUUGAAGCUUUCUCAUGAAAUGUACAUAGCGUGAAAAAUCCCUUCAGAGAAAUUUAUGUUCCUUUCAUUUUUACCAAAAUGCAAAUUUUCAGCAUGGAUGUGAAAAGCAUUAAAAUUAUAACUUUGUGUACAAGAUGAAAAUAAUUCACUAAAUUUGCCCUUUUUUACACAAAAUAAAAUGUUAAAGUUAAGCAUUA